AUGACAACAAAUUCUAAAAAUUUAGAAAAUUCAUUAGGUUCAUCAAGAUCUCCUAUAAAUUUAACUUCAAAUACAUUACAACAAAAUUUAGAUUCUUUAUUGAAUGGUAAAAAUCAACAACAAUAUGAAAAACAACAACAAGAUAUUUUAACUAAAGAAUUAAAUUUAUCUAAUGAAAACAAACAAAAACCAGAAGAAGAUUUAAAACAAUCAGAAUUAAAAAUUCAACAACCUGUAGAUGAUAUUAAAAUAGAUAUGAAUUAUUCAGAAAAGCCAUUCAUGCCUAAAAUGGCUAAUGAAACCCUAAAGGCAGAAUUAGGUAGAUCAUCAUGGAAAUUAUUUCAUACUAUAUUAGCUCGUUAUCCAGAUAAACCAACCCAACAAGAAAAAACAACUUUAGCACAAUAUUUACAAUUAUUUGCAAAAGUUUAUCCAUGUGGAGAUUGUGCAAGACAUUUUCAAAAAUUAUUAAUUAGUUAUCCACCACAAACUAAUUCUAGAAAAGUAGCUGCUUUAUGGGGUUGUGAUAUUCAUAAUAAAGUAAAUAAAAGAUUAAAUAAACCUGAAUAUGAUUGUACUACUAUUUUAGAAGAUUAUGAUUGUGGUUGUGGAUCAGAUGAAUUAGAAGUUGAUUCUACAUUAGGUGUGGGUUCAAAGGGAGAAAGUAUUGAUCAUUUAAGAAAUUUAAAAGUUGAUAAAGAAGAUAAACAAAGAGGUGGAUAA